GCCAAGGGGAAAGCGAAAGAGAGCACAACUGAGCAGAGCUUGGCAAUGGAGCUUCCAUGGGGAAUGCUGCUGCUUCUGGUCCUCUCCGUCUCCUCCUCCUCGUCCUCCUCCGCGGCUGUCGCCACGCUCGCCGUCAGUGCACCGCCGCCGGCCCCUGCACCUCGUCACGCUCAAGACGCUGAAGGCCUGCUCAUCAAUGGCAACUUCGAGACGGCGCCGAGGAAGCUGAACAAGACCCUCAUCGUGGGCCGCCACUCGCUGCCGGGGUGGACGCUGCGCGGCCACGUCGAGUACGUCUCCGGCGGUCCGCAGCCGACUGGCAUGUUCUUCGCGGUGCCGCACGGCGUGCACGCGCUCCGCCUCGGCAGCCGCGCGUCCGCGUCGCAGAACGUGACGGUGCGCCCCGGGGCGCUCUACGCGCUCACGUUCGCGGCGACGCGCACCUGCGCGCAGGACGAGAACCUGCGCAUCGCGGUGGUGCCGUCGCUCUCGGCCCCCGCCGACAUCGCCGUCCGCACGCUCUACAGCGGCGCGUCCGCCGACACCUGGGCCUGGGGCUUCCGCGCCUCCACCCCCGUGGCGCAGGUCACGUUCGCCAACCCCGGCGUGCAGGAGGACGCCGCGUGCGGCCCGCUGCUCGACGCCGUCGCCAUCAAGGAGCUGCCCACGCCGUACCCGACCAAAGACAACCUGAUCAAGAACCCCGGCUUCGAGAUCGGGCCGCAGGUGCUGAAGAACUCGUCGGUGGGCGUCCUCCUGCCGCCGAAGCAGAAGGACACGACGUCCCCGCUCCCCGGGUGGAUCAUCGAGUCGCUCAAGGCGGUGCGGUUCAUCGACGCGGGCCACUUCUCGGUCCCCGCGGGGCAGUACGCGGUGGAGCUGGUGGCCGGCCGCGAGAGCGCCAUCGCGCAAGUGAUCCGCACCGUGCCCAGCCGCGCCUACAACCUGUCCUUCGCCGUCGGCGACGCCCAGAACGGCUGCCACGGGUCCAUGCUGGUGGAGGCCUUCGCCGGCAACGUGACGCAGAAGGUGCCGUUCGAGUCCGCGGGGAAGGGCGCGUUCAAGGCGGCGAGCUUCAGGUUCGUGGCGAGCGGCGCCCGGACCCGGCUCACCUUCUACAGCUCCUACUACCACACCAAGGUCAGCGACGGCGUCUCACUGUGCGGCCCCGUGCUGGAUCAGGUCAAGGUCGUGCCCCUCCCCGUCAAGGCGUAGUGGGCGGAUUUGGCUCUCGCUGGUCGGACUGAUGGGUCGUGGGAGCUCCGGCGAUCUGCCGGCGUGUGUUUCUCUGUUGGUAAUUUGGCAUGGUGGAUUGUGAGAACUGGGAACUACUAGUACCUCUCUGACCGCGUUCUGAAGAACUUGUGCAUGCCUGGCGGGGAAUGUAAUGUAAUCUUUGUGGAAUUCGGUUGCUUAUCUUAUUCGCUUCCAAUUGAGAUGCCUAUCUUGUUCGUUCC